AUGGCAGCGGAAUUAAAUUACUUUUUACCCCAGGAGGGUACCAACCUUCACAGUGUUGGAGAAUCCCUUCCUGAGCAUUCAUGCUCGGGCUGCCCUACGUACUCUGGGGAGGGCAAAAUCCCGCUCAAGAAUACCACCAAGCGCAAACGAGCACAUAAGUCUAUGCCACCUUCAUUGUCCGUAGAUUUCUGCAAUGUGAGAGGCCUGCAUUCUAACCUGAAUCCCGUCCAUCACCACCUAGAGACAGAAAAGCCGGCAUUGUUGUUUCUUACAGAGACACAAAUUUGUCCACCCUCCGACACAACAUAUCUCUGUUACCCAGGAUACAAACUGGAGCACACUUUCAUCCCACGAGCUGGUGUGUGUGUGUUUGUGAGGGAGGAUAUUUGCUAUCGUCGCCUUGUCGGUCUUGAGGGCACUGACCUAUCAAUUAUCUGGCUCCGUGCGGACUGUGGUGACCAUCCCCGCAUCUACGCGUGUUUGUAUCGGUCACAUAGUGGUGAUGCAGAAACCGACCGUCUCAUCGAGCACAUCCAAACAACGGCUGAUGCAGUACAUGAGCAGAUCCCCUCAGCAGAAAUAAUUAUCUUAGGUGAUUUUAAUGCCCAUCAUACCCAAUGGUUGGGUUCACGUACCACUGAUCAUGCGGGGAGAUCUGUACACAACUUCGCGAUGUCUUACAGUCUUACGCAACUGGUCUCCUCAAUAACGAGACUACCCGACAUUGCUGACCACACACCCUCUAUACUAGACCUUCUGUUGACCUCCCAUCCGGCUAAUUAUCAGGUAAAAGUCGAAGCCCCUCUGGGGACUUCAGAUCACUGUUUAAUUCGGAGUACAGUGCCAAUCUUGCGUUCAUCACGGCCCCGUUCACUUGGGAGCCGCCGCGUUUGGCACUAUAGGUCAGCAGAUUGGGAUGGGAUGCGGGAAUUUUUUGCAUCCUACCCUUGGAAGCAAGUCUGCCUUGCACCUGAUCCUAGUGACUAUGCUGACUCAGUUGCGGAUGUGGUGCUUCAGGGAAUGGAACUUUUCAUUCCAAACUCUGUAGUACCCGUCGGCGGUAAGUCCCAGCCCUGGUAUGGUCGUCCUUGCAAAAUGGCUGCUCGCCUGAAGCAAGAGUGUUUCCAUGCAUGGGCAGAAGCAAUGUCUAAUAAGGAUCCAAAUGCUAGUGCUCUCAAAAAACGGUACAACUCUGCUGCCAGGGCAUACAAGAGGAAAAUAUCCACAGCAUAG